CAUAAAGCAAAGCAGCAGAAAGUUUCUGAACUUCAGCAGCAUUAGAAACUCUGCACAGUACAACCCAAACAUGGCAAGCAACGAGCCCAUCAGGAGAAAUGAUGAAGUUUUGAGGAUUGUAAUGGUGGGAAAGACGGGCAGUGGGAAGAGCGCCACAGGAAACACCAUUCUGGGAGGAGACGUCUUCACAUCGAGGUUCAGUUCUAAGUCGAUAACUGUUCACUGUUCUAAAGCUGAAGCUGUGGUGGAUGGGCAGAAGGUUGCAGUCAUUGACACCCCAGGCCUCUUUGACACCACCUUCGGCAUGGAUAAAGCAGCUAAAGAUUUUUCCCAAUGCAUCAGUUAUGCUUCUCCUGGACCUCACAUCUUUCUGGUGGUCAUCAAGUUGGGUAGAUACACUGAAGAGGAAAUGCUGACGGUUCAGAAAAUUCAAGAAGCCUUUGGCCAGGCAGCAGACAAAUACAGCAUGGUUCUUUUUACUGGUGGGGAUCAACUUGAGGACACGUCUAUAGAGGAGUUCUUGGGGGAAAACUUAGAGCUGCAGGAACUCGUGGCCAGAUGUAAUGGCCAGUACCAUGUCUUCAAUAACAAGAAGAAGGAUCGAGCUCAGGUCACCGAGUUGCUCAUGAAGAUCAGAAGUAUAGUUCAGAAGAAUGGAGGAAGCCACUAUACCAAUGAGAUGUUCCAAGAGGCUGAGAGAGAAAUUGAGGAGGAGAAACAACAAGUCCUGAAAGAGAAAGAGGAGCAAAUACGCAGAGAAAGAGAAGAACUGGAGAAGAAAAUGCAGGAAACGUAUGAGAAAGAGAUGAAGAAAAUCACUGAACAACUCCAGAAUGAGAUAGAGAGAUUAAACAUGAUGAGAAGAUUAGAAGAACAGCAUCAAAGAGAAGCUGCAGAGGCCCAACGAAGACUAUGGGAAGCCCAACUACAAAAGGCCAGACGGGAAGCUGAAAGGUCUCCUAAAGGAGGGAGAAAAUGUUUCUUGAUGUGAUUUAUUUGGUGAAAGCCACUCUGUGGUCUUAGUGGAGGAAAUAGUGUCAGUCAGUGUCAUGACAACUAAAUUCACACAUUAGAAAACUCUAAUCAUUGUAUUUGAGCCUCAUGAUAUAAAAUUGACACUUAACAGGUUCAACCACUGAAAACUACAUGGUUGUCUUUGAGCAGCAUAACCACACUGCAAAUAUUCAUACCUGUACCAAAGUUUCCAUUGACUUUUCAUUUUUAUUCAGUUGUUGGUUUGAAAAACACAAAUAAACAUAAAAACAGAAGUUUAGUUUCAUUUUGUUUUAGUGUUUGAUUUAACUGUUUCUGGUUUGACUUAGGCACUAAAACAGUGGUUCCCAAACUUUUUUUUUGCUAGGCCCUCCUAUUUAUUGCAAAUAAACUGCAAUAACUUACAGGUUGCAAUAAAAUAAACCA